AUGGCAAACGACAGUACUGCAUGUAUUUAUUUUGCGCUGUGGAUUUAUAUUUUGGUGCGGACUAUAGGGAUGUAUGUCAAUAAAUGCAACCCGAUAUGUGCCUCCUGGCCCUUACUUACUUUUACAGUUUUUACAAUCACAAGGAUUGUAGAGUCGGCAUGACUUAAUAUCAAAGUGUAUGUUCUUGUAUUAGUGCCAGUAAACAUCGGGCUUUUUGUAUGAGGAGUCUGAACAUUCUUCUUUUGAGCAUCCUGUCUUGAUCUAGCUAUGGUAAUCUUUUUAAUAGUGUUCUGUCUGCAAGCUAUUCAAAUGCUCAUUUUUAUAUGCAUUAUUUCUAUUUAUAUCAUUGAGGAGAUUAACAUCAGAAGAAGAGGUUACAGGGAUGAAGUCGAGUAUGAAGAUGCAGAAGAGCCUCUGGUGAGUAGUGGUCUUGACGAUGACGAAAUCACUCAGAUCAUAACAAAAGCUCCAAACAAAUACUCCCCUGAAGAUACCUGAUCCAUCUGUUUAUGUGAUUUCUCAGAUAAGGAUAAGGACAUAACCCAGAUCGAAGUUUGAGGGCACAUGUUCCACUCUGAAUGUAUUUCUGGAUGGCUGCCUAGGUCAGAAAGAUGCCCUAAUUGAAACACAAACGUGAGGAAUUCAGAGCUGGCUAUAAACUCUUAA